CCUUGCUGUUACUCGACCACAUUACGUCAAGCUCGAAGCCCUCGCGUGCUUGAGAUUACGCAACCGGACUUGUCCAACAAUAAUAUCAGCAGCCUGCUUCUUAGCUGAACAUCGCAUGCUUUCCCUGACGCUUCGUGUGCGUAUCGGCUCUUGCAGCAGACAGACAGGGGCUCGCUUGGCGUCAAGUGGUUGUGCGCAGCCUUUUUUCGGGCCAGUUUUGCACCAGAACGAGAGCCGCGUCGGGCUGUGCGCUAGCGCAAUUGCCGAUACUACUGACACCAUAGAGCAAUCAGCCGCCCGGGCUCGCGCCCCCAAGGGAAAGCGCGGCGAUGGAGCUCCCCGAGCUCCCCGCACGGAGCUUGGGUUGGCGAACCAGCCCCAGCAGCUGAAGCAUCAGGGCAAUGGUGCUCCCAGCGUGCCACCAGCUCGCAGCAUGGCUACAGAUGCGACGGCCACCUUUGAAGAUUCCGACAGCGAGGAGGUGCCGCUUCCCAGCGUCGACCAGAAGUACCUCAGCGACACGAAAUUUGCUGAAUUUAAGAUAUCGCCUGAUAGCAAGCGGGCUCUUGCUGAGGUGCUCAAGUAUGAGCGCUGCUCGCUGGUGCAGGCCGCGUCUAUUCCCGUGUGCCUGGGCCCGGAUGACGUGAUCGCCAAGGCCAAGACCGGCACGGGCAAGACGCUGGCGUUCAUCAUCCCCACCAUCGAGAAGGUGCUGGCGAACCGCGCCCCCCGCGGCAAGGUGUCGGCUCUGGUGCUGAGUCCCACGCGCGAGCUGGCUCGUCAGAUUCAGACCGAGACGCACAAGAUGCUGACGUACCACCCGGGCCUGCACAGCAUGGUGGUGUACGGCGGCGUGGACGUGAAGAAGAACCUGCGCGCGCUGGUGCAGAAGACCCCCGACAUCCUCAUCGCCACGCCGGGACGCUGCUGGGACAUCAUGACGCAGGCGCAUGACCGGUCCCUGACCACGGUGCUUGACAGCACUCGUGUGCUGGUGCUGGAUGAGGCGGACAAUCUGCUAGACAUGGGAUUCAGGCCCCAAAUCUCCAAGAUCCUCAGCGCGCUGCCGCCCACCACCCAGCGCCAGACGUUCCUGUUCAGCGCCACAUUCCCGGGAGACGUGAAGAGUCUGGCGGAUGUGGCGCUCAAGCGCAAGCACAGCUACGUGGACGCUGUGGGCGAGGACGUGGCCACGCACGAGCACGUGGAGGCGUCCAGCCUGGUGGUGGCCAAGCGCGACGUCAUGCUGCAGCUGCUGUGCCUGCUGGCGCAGCACAUGGCGGAGGAGCCAGACUACAAGGUCAUGGUCUUCCUCCCCACGGCCAAUCUCACGGCGAUGUUUGCCGAGGCGUUCUCGAGUGCGGGCCUGGGCGGCGUGAUUGAGAUCCACUCCCGCAAGAGUCAGUCCUACCGCGACAAGGCCAGCGCGGACUUCCGGGCGGGCAAGCGGCUGGUCAUGUUCAGCUCGGAUGUGUCGGCGCGUGGCGUGGACUACCCGGGCGUGUCAUACGUGGUGCAGUGCGGCGCGCCCGCCAACCGCGAGCAGUACAUCCACCGCGCCGGCCGCACCGGGCGAGCCGGCCGCGCGGGCCAGUGCACGCUGCUGCUGUCGGACUUCGAGCGCCCCUUCCUCAACAAGCUCGGCGACCUGCCCAUUAAGCAGCUGGAGCCCCUAGCGCUGCCGCUGGCGGCGGGCGGGGCCGCGCUGGGGCCGGCGCUGGUGCGGGACCCCGCCGGAGCGCUGGCGCGGGCGGUGGAGAAGGCGGACUAUGAGAGCCGCGCUCGCGCGUACCAGUCGUUCCUCGGCUACUACAAGAGCCAUGCGGUCAUCAAGACCCGGCCGGAGCAGAUUGUGGCGCAUGCCAACGAGUACGCGGCGGAGCUGCUGGCCUGCCCCACGCCGCCCGGCCUGCUGGCCAAGACCGUGGGCAAGAUGGGGCUCAAGGGCGUGGCGGGCCUGGUCAUCGUCAAGGAGGGACAGCAGAACCGCCCGCCGUCCGGGGCGGGGCGCAGCGGCGGCCCGAACAACGGCGGUGGCGGCGACCGCGAGUACUCUGACCACGACCCCAACCGCAAGCGCUCGCGCAGUGCAGGCGGCGGUGACUUUCAGCAGGAUGGUGGGCGCGGCGGGCGUGGCGGCAGCGGCGGGCGCGGCGGCGGGCGCGGCGGUGGUGGUGGUGGUGGUGGUGGUGGUGGCGGGCGCGGUGGCGGCGAGCGGCCGCCGUCUGCGGCGGCGCUGGAGCAGCAGUACCACCACAACGGCGCGGGCUGGGACCAGCCGUCGGGUGGGCGCCCGUACAGCGGCGGGGGCGGCGGUGGGCGCGGGUACCAGGGUCAGCCGCAGGGUGCGCGUGGAGGCGGUCGUGGAGGCGGCCGCGGCCGCCGGCCCUAGGCUGAGAGCGUGCUGUCCGUGUGGACUGGUGGCGGGCGGGGUGGGGUAGCGUCUGGGUGGUGGUAUUUUCUGUAGUGUUGUUUUGUGAGUGGUUUGUAGUGUUGGUUUGUGGGUGGUUUGGUGAUGAGGCUGGGUCGACUGCGGAUGGAAAAGAAUGCUCAUGACACGGCGUGCGGCUGCUCAGAUGCUCCGACACCUCGUGGCGGGGGGCCAUGCCCUUCCGUACGGCUUUUAGCGCACACAGGACGUGCGUGUGGAAGGUUUAUAGUCAACUUGACAAGGUUUACUGAGGCUAUGCGAGUAUCUGGACAUUGCUAACCGAAAGCCGAAAGGCAUCUGGGCAGCACACAGUUGCCCGGCAAGGGUAUGGCCCCGGGCGAGGGGCGAGGUGCCUGCGGUUUGUUGUGCCGCGGGCAACCAGGUCGAGUGCCAUGUAACGGCUGGAGUCC